AUGGCAGAUCAGCAGAAUAGUAAUAAUAAUAACAAUACAACAGCAGCAGCAGCAGCAGCACCACAAAAGAGAGACUCUGUAACUCUUGGCGAUCGAAUGAAACAAUAUGAAGUAUCGAUGAAUACACUUCAUAUCACGGAUAACACUCCGUUCAUCAUUCGUCUCGAUGGUCACGGUUUUAGCAAGUUCACAAAGAACUUUGUGAAGCCAUGGGACAUUCGUGUGCACAAUGCAAUGGUUGAGACUGCAACGGUUUUGAUGAAAGAGUUCAAUCCGACAUUGGUCUAUACGUUCAGUGAUGAGAUUACUCUCUGUUUCUCUUCGUUGCCCGACCAAGAAUACCAAGAGCGUCUCAUUGCCACACAGUCACAGUCACUGCUUCCCUACAACGGUAAGGUUCAGAAGCUAAUCACUCUUGCCGCUGGUAUUGCAUCGACCACCUUCUACAAGGUAAUCACCUCGCAGACCUACGACUCUGCUACCGAGCCAAAGCUGACUCAAUACCUCGCCGAAAGUCUUCCACAUUUCGACGCAAGAAUCUUUACACUACCAGAUAAUCAAGAGAUUAUUAAUAAUUUGGUUUGGAGAAGUGUAAUCGAUUGUAAGAGAAACUCGAUCUCUGGAUUGGCACAGGCACACUUCCCACACAAGCAGAUUCAAGGUAAAGGUGGAAAGGAGAUGAAAUCUAUGCUGUUGGCAAAGGGUAUCGAUUACUACAAGGAACCAAUGUGGUACAGAUUCGGUGUAUUCCUCAAGAAGCAGUAUUAUACGUUGGAUUCAGUAUCACCUGUAAAUAAUCAAUCGGUUCAAUCGAUCAGAUCCAAAAUCAGAAGAGAUUCGUUCAACAUUCAGCACUUCCCCAAUGCACUCGACUACCUUACUAUCAAAACAUUACCAGAGAACUUUGAUGAUUCGAAAUUAACAUAA